GGCCGUUUCUGCUUUGGUAGCGACUGCCUGUAGAGAGACGUCAAUGUUCUCACUGUUAUUUCUGGAAUGAGAGUUUAAAGGGUUGCUGGGCUGUACCCACGGAAGCAUCAGAAGGAAGUUUUACCCUGCGAGGCUGCCUGAUGUAAGGAAAAAACCAUAGGGUCAGACUUCAUCCGGGCAGAAUAGUGCCCCAAGCAAGGUGGUCCAAUCGAGUUUUCCUCCUUAGGUCAUGGACACGGUACGUAUUGCUGUCGUCGGAGCUGGCGUGAUAGGACUGUCUACUGCCACCUGCGUCUCCCAGCUGGUCCCCCGAUGCUCCGUUACUGUCAUCUCAGACAGGUUCACACCUGACACCACCAGUAAUGUAGCAGCUGGGAUGCUCAUUCCUCCCACGUAUCCAGAUACGCCCGUGCCCACGCAGAAGCGAUGGUUUAGAGAGACCUUCCAGCAUCUUUCCGAAAUCGCCAGGUCUGCAGAGGCUGCGGAUGCCGGCAUUCACCUGGUGUCUGGCUGGCAGAUAUUUCGCAGUGUCCCCACUGAAGAAGUACCUUUCUGGGCUGAUGUCGUGCUGGGAUUUCGAGAGAUGACCGAGGCUGAGCUGAAGCGAUUCCCCCGGUAUGAGUUUGGCCAGGCUUUUACCACCCUGAAGUGUGAGACUUCUGCCUACCUCCCCUGGCUGGAGAAAAGGAUAAAGGGAAGUGGAGGUCUGCUACUCACCAGGAGAAUAGAAGACCUGUGGGAGCUGCAGCCAUCUUUUGAUAUCGUGGUCAAUUGCUCAGGCCUGGGAAGCCGACGACUUGUGGGAGACGCCACGGUUUCCCCGGUUAGGGGCCAAGUGCUCCAGGCACAGGCCCCUUGGGUGAAGCAUUUCAUCCGCGACGGGGGCGGGCUGACUUACGUUUACCCUGGGACCUCUUAUGUAACCCUGGGAGGGAGUAGACAGACAGGAGACUGGAAUCUCUCCCCGGAUGCAGAACUUAGCAGAGAGAUUUUCUCUCGAUGCUGCGCUCUUGAGCCUUCCCUCCACAGAGCCUGCGACAUAAAAGAGAAAGUGGGCCUGAGGCCCAGCCGGCCGGGUGUGCGUCUGCAGAAGGAGAUCCUAGUCCGGGGCGAGCAGAGGCUGCCUGUGGUCCACAACUACGGCCAUGGGAGUGGGGGCAUCUCAGUGCACUGGGGCUCUGCUCUGGAAGCCACCAGGCUGGUGAUGGAAUGCGUCCAUACUCUCAGGACCCCAGCUUCCCUAUCAAAGCUGUAGCUGACACCAGAUAACAGCAGCGAAUCCAGGCGAUAUGGGUCGAAGCACAAUUCGAGGUCCAUACCCGGCCUCGUAGCUUUCCGGCUGCUCGAAAGUUAAGUCAGACCUUUGUUUCCGAAUUAGAAACUGCGCAACAUAUAUCAGUAGACAUAGAAAGCCAGUCAGGAC